AUGGAGGCCCUGACGGAAGUCAGCGACAGUAAUGACCAGAUCCUGGCAUGGGUCCCUGAGCAUCCGGGACGUAGAGGCAACAAAAAGGUUGUCAUAAAUUCUUCUGAAGCUGAAUUGGUCCUGAAGUCUUUGAUGUUGGAAGAACCGAAUGGAAUUAGGAUUUUCACAGUUUACAAGUUGCAGGUGUUGGCGAUCAUUGAAUCCCGAUUGCGCUUUGAUACUUCAUUGCUAAGAAAAGGUGAUAUUCAGAUGGGGCCAGGUCCGGAGAGUACUACGGUUACGGAGAGAUGUGGUAGACCUUCCCAACUAACAACUUCUGAUAGCAGAGGUAGUGCUGACUCAAAAGAUGGAGGUGAAAUCUAGAGUAAAGCCAGGCUGCCCACUGAGUCUGCUUCUGUUCUCCUUAUACAGACUUGGUCUCUCUGACUUAGAGAAAGAGUUGUAAUGUCGAGUCCAGUUGGAGAC